AUGGCAUCAUCCAAGCAACGUGAAAACUUGGUCUUCAUUGCCAAGCUCACCCAACAAGUUGAACGCUAUGAAGAUAUGGUGGAUGCGAUGAACAAUGUGGCGAGACUGAAUGUUGAAUUGACUGCUGAAGAACGCGAUCUUCUAUACGAUGCGUACAAGAAUGUAGUGGUUAAACGCAGGGCGUCGUGGAGAAUCUUGUCCCUUCUUGAGAAGAAGGAAGAAUCAAAAGUGAACAAAUUGAAUGUGAAAAGGAUUAAGGAGUUCAGGGAAAAGUUGGAAUCAGAGUUGAUUACUAUCUGCACUGAUAUCAUAACCAUCAUUGAUCAACAUCUCCUUCCACAGUCCUCCUCCGGUGAAUCCAAUGUUAUCUACUACAAAAUGAAAGGUGACGGUUACCGCUAUUUGGCUGAACUUAAGAGUGGCCAUGAGCUAGAAGAGACAGCUAAUAAGUCCUUGAAAGCUUAUCAGGAAGCUUACACCAGAGCAGAAACUGAGUUGCCUGCUGCACAUCCCAUUAGAUUGGGUUUGGCUUUGAACUUCUCUGUCUUCUAUUAUGAGAUUUUGAACUCUCGUGAAAGGGCUUAUCACCUUGCCGUGGAGGCAGUUGAUGCAGCACUCUCCGAGUUGGUUCCUCACAAUGAGGAAACUUCCAAAGAUGAGGAAAAUUCCACAGAUGUGGAAACUUCAGAAGACAGCUCAUACAUUAUCAAGCUUAUGAGAGAAAACAUCACCUUAUGGACUCCUGAGGUCCCUAAAGAACAGGUCCCUAAAGAACGAGGGUCUUCAAGCUUGUUGAAGUUCAAAGAACUCAAAUCAAGCUUUCUAUGUGGAAUUAACAAAGCUAAGUAG